UUUAAAUAUGCCGCCCGGUGACAGCUGUCGCCUCUUCUCUGCGCGUAGGGCAUAGAAGCCAGCUUGCCAACCACAACAUGGCCGCCCGCUCACUGAGGACCAAUACGGCUCUCCGCUGGGACGGGGAUGGGGUAGUAGCUUUGCGCUGAUUGGCUCCUUGGCAGUUCUGUCACGUGAUCUGUGUUUCACGUCCAGCAUGGCUUCUUCCUCUUGCAGCCCAUCCAUCGCUAUGUGAGCGCUAUAGACCUCUGGGAGGGCGCAGUGACACUGCCCGGGCCAUGAAUCACUGGCAGCUUAUGGGGAGGAUCAUCAGUAUGAGGUCCUACCAGGUGGUCCUGCUAGUGGCUGCCACCUUAGCAGUGUUUGGAUUUUAUUAUUUGGGAUCAGAGAAGGAGAAUUUCUCCAGUACCACCAGGAGGCUCAAGGAGAGCAGAGCUUCCCAGAGCACCAUCCUGGACAUGGACCUGGCACUGUCCUCUUCAGAGCUCAAACUGAGUGAAGGCAAGAGUAAGAACCUGGAGAACCGUGGGAUACAGGACUACCACCUGUUGAUGAUGUUCACCAAGGUUCACUCUAACCCUGGGCUUAAGGACAAGUUCCAGGUGGCCCUCAGCUCACUGGUCAGAUAUGGCAAGUUUGAAAAUAAUGAGGUCCUCAGCCUGCACUUUGUGGCAGAUGAGCCCAGCAAAGAAAUUGGCAAAGCUGUCAUGAGGGACCUGCUGCAGGGAGCCAGCUUCAAAUACAAGGUCAUAUUUCAUGAUGUCAGUGCCCUGACUGAGAAGUUAUUUCCCAUAGUAGAAGCCAUGCAGAAACACUUCAGCGCUGGCACAGGAACCUACUACAGCGACUCCAUUUUUUUUCUGUCUGUUGCUCUGCAUCGGAUAAUUCCAAAAGACAUACCGCGGAUCAUCCAGUUGGACUUGGAUCUGAAGUUUAAGACCAACAUCAGGGAAUUGUUUGAGGAGUUUGACAACUUUCUCCAGAACUCCGUUAUUGGAAUAGCAUAUGAAAUGCAACCCGUCUACAGACAUACUUUUUGGCAGUACCGCCGAGAGAACCCGAACACCAAGGUUGGAGACCCUCCUCCUGAUGGAAUGCCUGGAUUCAAUAGUGGAGUGAUGCUUCUAAAUCUAGAAGCCAUGCGCCAGUCCAAACUUUAUAACCAGCUGUUAGAUCCCAAUAUUGUAAAGCAGCUUGCAGAGAAAUACCGAUUUAAAGGUCAUCUUGGAGAUCAAGACUUCUUCUCCAUGAUUGGAAUGGAGCACUCAGAGCUUUUCUAUGUUCUGGAUUGUGGUUGGAACAGACAGCUUUGCACGUGGUGGAAAGACCACGGCUAUGCUGAUAUAUUUGAUGAAUAUUACAAAUGUGAAAGUCAUAUCAAAAUUUUUCAUGGAAACUGCAAUACCCCAAUCCCAGAAGAUUAGGGAUCCUUCCGCUCACCCCGUAGAACAAAAUCUGUAAUAAUCAAGACAUCUUACUAGUAUUUUUAUAAAGAUAGAACUUGUUGGGUGGGUACCCACUACAUAAUGUGAAGAAUUGGCCAUUAAAUCUUUUGCUGGUUGUAAACAAAAAUUUAUUUUGUCAAAAUAUCAUGGAAUUACACUUGGCUAUUUUGAGUUGUGUCAAACUCACUUUGUUUUUUG